AACUGGGAUCGGAUCCCGGCGGACGACAGAGACGACGACUCCGCCGCCCUUGCUCCUGUGCUUUUGUAGACAGAGCAGCACAGGAAGCUGUCAGUGCUUCCGACUGGUGUUCGUGCUGGGACUCACCUCUGCGCGAAGUGGUACAGUCCCGUUAGUCGCAAUCCCGAGUCCCGUUCGCCAGCGGCUGCAGAGAGCAGGACAGCGAGAUGACCGACAUGCGGAUAAAGUGCGCCCUACUUUAAAACGGACCAUAUGAUGAACUUUCACCAGUUGGCUAUUCUACUGGGAGCAUCGUUGUGUGUGUGUGAUGGUGUCCAUGUCACAGUGCGGGAGAAGCAGCGCUUUGCGAUGCUCUUCCAGUCCGUGGUCCUCCCAUGUCAGUACCAAACCGCCUCCACCCAGACCCCGGUGGUGCAGUGGUGGUACAAGUCCUACUGUCGAGACCGCACACGGGAGUCCUUCAGCCUGCCAGAGAGUCUGGGCGUCCAGGCCUCCGAAUUGGGAGCCUCGUCCCACCUGGAGUGCUCCGACAACAGCCGCACAGUUCGGGUUGUGGCCUCGGCGCAGGGAGCAUCCAUGACGCUGGCUGAGCACUACAAAGGCAGAGACAUCGCCAUCAUAAACAAGGCAGACCUGAGGAUCGGGGAGCUGCAAUGGGGUGACAGCGGGGUGUACUUCUGCAAAAUCAUUAUUGCCGACGAUCUGGAAGGGAAGAACGAGGGCCAGCUGGAGUUACUUGUGCUGGGCAGGAAAGGUGAGCGGGACGAUCUCCUACCUGAGUUUGAUGUGGAGAUUAUGCCAGAGUGGGCGUUUGUGGGAUCUGUAGUCCUGGGCAGCAUCUUGUUCCUGUUGUUGUUGGGGAUCUGCUGGUGCCAGUGUUGUCCUCACUCCUGCUGCUGCUACGUCCGCUGCUGCUGCUGUCCUGACACCUGCUGCUGCCCACGACACUUGUAUGAGGCAGGGAAGAUGGCAAAGAGUGGACAACCGCCCCAGGUUCCCGUGUAUCCCUACUACAUCCCUGGUGUCCCUACUGUGGUCCCUCUUGCUCCUUCAUCCCUUGUGGACCCAAAAAUCACCUCUAUCCCCUCAGUGGAGAAUAACUUGGCUGGCGCCAGUAGCCUAUCGGAGCUGAGCUCCCUGCAUGAGGGCGGGACUACCGACUUCAGACACACCUACCAGACGGUCCAGAUGAAGGCGCUCCCGCCCAUCAUGGAUCUCGAUGAACAGUCAGCGGUGAGAGCAGCUCCACCUACACAGAGUCGGAGGCCCCGACCGGACAGAGGAAAUCACUCAGACGAUGAACUGGACAGACGGUUGAACCCUCGCUCAGAGCACCUGAAGAGAAAGACGCUGAGCAGAAGAGGGCGCACCGGCUCCCUGGACGAGCUGGAGGAAUUCACUCGGUCUUACGGGUCCCGCGGUCGACGGGCUGAGCCUCCAGACCGGGCCUAUGAUCGGGACUACAGCCCUCCGAGGCGCUUCUACAGAGAUGAAGAUGAUGGCUGGGGGCGCCGCAGCCCCUCACCUUUGCCACAAAAGAGACGGGACACAUGGGACAGUGAUCGCCCCUCACGGCCGCCCCAAAGCAGAGGAUAUGACGACGCCUUCCUCAACAGUGUGCUGGAGAGCAAGGCGAGGGGGCGGGGAGGGGACAGAGGUGCUGGGAGGAUGGACGAGGACAGUGACACUCCCUCCAAAGGCAGCUCCAGAGGAAAAGGCACCGAUAGUUACUACAGCCGGUCACCGAGCAACCGUCCAGAAGAGGAGGACCCUUUGCCUCCGUACUCUGAGUGGGAGGCGGAGCGGUUCCGCAGGGCUGACCUGACCUCAGACCGGUACCGCACAGCAGAACCUCCCAGACCAGAGAGAUACAGGACCACUGAACCAGCCAUGAGGCCUUUCUCUUACACCCGACCCCACCAGGGAAUGUCCCAUACACUACAGGGGGGCAGAGAGGAGAGAGACAGGAGCCGAAACCUGGUGAGUUACUUGUAGCAGGAACAUGGACUUCCUUCCUCCUCAGCUCUUCAGGAAAGGAGCCUCUAAAUCCUGUAAAUGUUACAGGAUAAGGCUGGUCAUAUUCUACAUUUUUCUUACUGUCAACAAAUCCCAUGGAAAAAACCAAAACCAACAAUGAAGUAUCCAAAGCCUAAUGUGGUCUCUUCCUCUCCACUAUUGUCCAUAUAGUCAAAACAUAUCAGGAAGUGCAUCAUAUGAGGCGCUAUGGAUAAAAAUGGCUGUAAUUCGUAAACGGUUGAUUUGGUGUUUUUGUUAAACCCUCAUGAAUUAAAGCUGAUAGUCUAAACUUCAAUCACAUCUUGAUGCUGUCGUUUCGAACCCAUCGUGGUGGUGUACAAAGGAAAAAUUAGGUAAAUUCUAUCACUGUCCAAAUACUUAUGGAACUAACUGUACAUCUUCAGUCGGAAUGAAUGGAGUUAUAGUCAAAAAAGUGCCGAGAAACAUCAUUAGUUUUGAUCUGUUCACGGGAUUUGUUGACAGUCAGAAUAAAACAGAACAGAGCCAGGCGUAAACAUUUUAAAACGUUUAUUUACAGUAUUAUGUACAUAAUCUGAUUGUCUCUCGUGCAAUUUACAUGUAGAAUUUUAUGGUCUUAAAACUGAAGCCAUUAUAACCUACUUUUUACACGAUUUUAUAGACGUAGCUGAAACAUCUUUGUUUAAAUCUGAAAUGAAUUAAUGAGAGUAGUUGCAAUGAUCAAAUUUUCAUUGGAACUCAGACAUGUAUAAUCUGCCCAUGCUUGCAACCAUCAAAGUGUUACAAAUGCUUACCGGUUAACAAAACAUCCAAAAAAAAAAAA